UCCCCCUGCCCCGGGGGCCCUCCGAUCCCCCGAUGCCCUGCCCCGAGACCCCCGAUGCCCUGCCCGGGACCCCCGAUCCCCCGGCCCUGCCCGGGGCCUGCCGCAGCCCGCCGCGUGCCUCCCGCCAUCUCUUCCCUGAGGCGGGACCGUGCCGCGGGAUGAAGAGGUUUUUCGGGUUCGGGAGGAAGAAGAAGGGGCGGCCGGCAGCGGCCGGCAGCGCCGCCAAGCCCUUCCCCACCGGUGCCUACGAGCUCCGGCUGCAGGAGCUGGGCAAGCUGCACCGUGCGGCCGCCCGUGGCGACCUGGGUCAGGUGCGGCAGAGACUGAAGAAAUGCGGCAUCGACGAGCGGGACACGGCGGAGCGGACACCGCUGCAUCUUGCUUCUGCGAAUGGCCAUGUGCAUGUUGUUACAUAUCUCGUAGAAAACAAGUGUAAGCUAAAUCUUACUGACAGUGAUAACAGAUCGCCACUGAUGAAGGCAGUACAGUGCCAGCAAGAAGAAUGUGUAGCUAUUCUGCUAGAGCACGGUGCCAACCCCCAUCUGGCGGAUGCUGACGGCAACACUGCCCUUCACCUUGCUGUCCGAUCUCCUAAUACAACCGUGGCGGGGCUGUUACUUGAGCAUAAUGCCAAUAUUGAUGCUCGGAAUAAGGAGGGAAACACUCCGCUUAUUCUUGCUAUCUCUGAACAUCAUGAAGAUAUAGCAGAGUUUCUUCUGCAGAAAGGAGCUGAUGUGCAUGCUCGAGAUCACUGUGAAAGAACCCCACUUAUGACUGCAGCAUCUGGUGGACAGCUUAAUUUAAUAAAAGUUCUUCUUGGAUAUGGUGCUGAUCUUUUCCAUAAAGACACUAACGGAUGGACAGCUGAGGAUUAUGCUGUUACUCAUGGAUAUUCUAGUCUUUGUACACAACUGGUGGCAUACGCAUUCCGGGGAGACAGAGACGAGGGUGGUGCACAAGGCGACACAGUACCUGGCAUUCCUCACCGGGCCGGAGCUGCUGGCUUGACGUUGGGUGCACCUGCUGUGGACAGAGGAGCAAUAGACGGCUUGUCGCAAGGAGACUCAAUCGGAAGCUUGGAGAAAGAGGGGAGCGAUGUCAGUUGGCAUACUUCUGAGGAAGAACUCGAUUUUACUCCCAAGAAGCUGCAGAAGCCAAAUUUGACAUUGUUAAUGAAUGUUUCCCAGCAGUUCAGGAAAAACAGUAAGCUAUUUGGAAAAGAUUGCAUAGAAAAAUCACCUGAACAGGAAGAAGAGGAGAAGGAGCAGGAAAAGGAAGACGCUGGUGAAGAGCUACAAACUGCAGUUGUUGAGGGUGUGAAAAACUCUAUUUGUAAUGAUAGCCAUCAAGUCCACAGUGCUUCCAAAGACAACACUGGUGAGAGAAGUGCCCUGACAGCAGUGGGAGCAGAGGAAGAGGAAGAUGCUGAAUCUCCCUGGGAUUCUGAGACGGAUUCUGAAAGCCCGGAGGAAGGAUCACCUGGUGUGUUGCUUCCAGCUGCAGACAGACACGGAGCACGCUCGCGGAUUGUUUCAGGGGAGCGCCAGACUGGCUUUUUGGAGAAACCCAACAAUUCCCAGCUGAAGGCCCCUGAAUCUGUUUUGGAAAGGAGUGAAACCUCUCCUAACAAAAAGCAACAGAAAUCAGAUCUUUUGGAGGAAUUCGGCUUAGGAGAUGCAGAAGAUGUUGAAGGUGAGAACUCGGGAUCUACCUUUCAUAUGUCAUCAUCAGCUGAAAAAGACAACGUGAAGGAUGCCAUUGAAUAUUAUGGGGUGCAGGAUAAAUAUAUUUUAGAAACUAUCAACUUGAUAGAAAAAACAGCACAUGAAAAUCACACUGAUAAGGCAGAAAUUUCAGCAGAAAAUGAGGAAUUGCCCAGUGCUGACAAGCAGCUAAGUCCAAAACCUUGGAAAGAAAGAGAUGCAAGAAUGUGGGUUGAAAAUGAGAAGGGGGAAUUGAAAACAAGUUUUAAAAACGUUACAGCAGAACUAAAGCAGCUGCUUGGUGAAAUUAAUGAAACUGGGAAAACUCCUUCCCUUGUGGAAGAAAUGUCAGAAGAUGGCUUCAGUGCCGAGUUGAAGAGUUCUCAUGUUGUUUCAUCUCAUGCAACAGAAUCAAGUAACAGCUUAGAAAGUAAAGGUGAAUUUGGAGACAUUAAACUUAUGCUAGGUGGAAAAGUACCCAAAAUGGAAACUGAUCCGAGUCUUGGUGUCCUUUCUGGUCAAGAUAACUGAAAUGCAAACAUGGAAGAUACCUGGAGUACAGAUGAAGAAGAUUGCACGUAUAAUAUGGAUGAUACGAAGGUGCCUCUAGCAGAUGGAAGCAGUAGAAACGUAGUGGGAGGUCCUGAAUACUCCCCGAGAUACAGCUUAAAACCCAGUCUUUUGGAUGACAUUUCUAAUAUUAUUCCUACAAUAACAGUUUCUCCACGUGGUGAAAAUGGACUUUUUGUAACAGAGAGGGAACUUGGAAAAGACUCUGGAUUUAGUGAUGUUUUUCCCAGGGACUGCUUUAUCAACAAAACAGGAGAAGCAGAAAUGGGAAGUCUUUUUGCAAAUGCUCAGCAAUCAUACGUCAUGCUGAAAAGGAAUCUUGAUGAAGAACUAAAACAAGAUACGGGAAGAUUAAAGGGUGAGGUAGGAAUGCUGCAAAUAGUAUUCCUGGCUUUGGAGAAAGAGAAGGUACAGCUGCCAGAAGAGGUUGAGAAGGAAAAAAGCAAACGAAGAAUUUCAAAAGUGCAGGCGGUGGCAAAACAGGAAUGUCUUGGUAAAUUAAAUAUACCAUCAGACAACAUCACUAAUCGGCAAAUGAAACAAAAGAUUACUGUAAGGAAGAAUGACUGUUUGAAAAUGGAGAAUGAAAACACUCUAGAAGAAAAAGACAAAAAGAGUUUUUCAUCUGAGGAGAGCUCAAAAUUGAUUAAAAUGCCAAUGAAAUGUAAAAUGGCCCUGAAUGCCAAAGUUGCAAAGAAAAGUAGAAGGCAGCCUUCAAAGCAGAAGGCUCAUCAGCAGAUGAGCUCUUCCAGUGGCAAUCAUGGUCAAGUACGGGAUGAGAGCACUUCCAGUGAAACAUCUGAGGAUGAAGGAAGACCUGCAGCAACAACUGGGAGUGAAAAGAGCAAGGUCAGCAUACCAACGGAAGUAACUGAUGACCCUGGUUUAACUCGCUCAUCUGACCCAACUUCAGAGGAUGUGGAAUUACGAACUUCAACCUACAAGGAGGCUAUGCUGCUGUUGGAACAGCUUCGUGUGGAUCAUACGGGUUCUGCUAUUUUGUUGAAACUGCAAAACAUACUUCUUGAAUAUGAACAGAGAACAGAACGUGGGACAAAUCGGUAUACAGCUCUCUCACGCGAAGUAAGGGAAUUGGAAGGUGAAAAGAGGGAGUCACGGUUCAGAGCGGAGAAGACUCAAGAUUUGAAAUCCAUAUUGGCUCACCAAGAAGCAGAAUGGAAAAGUGACAUCCAAAGCCUUAAGUGUUCUUUGAAACAAGAAGAAGCAAAGAGACUCAGAGUAGAAGUGCUCUGUGAGAAAGUGAGAGAAAAACUCCAAAGGAAAGAAGAUCAAUAUUGUAAAGAAAGGGAGGGGAAACAGAAACUUGAGUUACACUCAAGGAAUUUAGAAAUGGAGAUAAGAACACUGAGAAAGCUCUUGAAACGGGUUGAAGAGGAACGUGAUGAAACACAGACACAGCGCUCUCAGGAAAAGAGUGCCGGAGCCCUUCAAGAAGGAAUUUUGAACAACCACCUUGGGAGACAAAUGGAACUAGAAGAAGAGACAAGAAGAUCUAUAGGAAAAAAUUCAGAGGAAUCCAACACUGAGAGAGAAAAGGAUCUGUUGUACAAGAAUCAGUUACUACAAGAUGAGAUUGCUGUGCUAAGGCUAGAAAUCAAUCAAGUAAGACUUAAGCACCAGGAGGAAGAAGGAAAAUCUUUAGAGGAAAAUGAGACCUUGAAAGAAAAAAAUGAAGCUCUCAAAAAGGAACUUAAACUGAACAAGGAAGCAUUAACACAAACGGUUCUUCAGUACAAUGCGCAGCUGGACUUCCUAAAGACAGAAUCUGCAGUGCUGACUUCCAAACUUGAGCAGACAAACGAAAGUAAAGACAGACUAGAGGCAGAAAUCAAAUCAUUUCAUUCCCGCCUGAAUGCUGCUGUUCAAGAACUUGAACGUCAUCGGUCAUCAGAAAAGGAUGCUGAACAAAGAUUUCACAGAGAACGUGAUGAAUGGCAUCGCUUGCAAGGCAAGCUCCAUCAUGACCUCUCCGACACGCAAGAAACCAACAAGAGCUUGUCUCAGCAGCUGUGUAAAGCUGAAAGCAAAGCUAAUAGGCUAGAAAAUGAGCUUCACCAGUUGGAGCAAACCCUCAGAGAAAAAACUUUGCUUGUAGAAAUGACACAAAAAGAGUUAAGUCAAGCCCAGCGUCAGGCAAAGGAAUGUGAUCGUGCUCAGCAACUUGAGAAAGAUCCAGUAAGCGAACUUGUAAUAAAACAGGAGUCCUUACAGGAGCGAUUGGCCCAGCUCCAGAGUGAAAACCUUUUCCUGCGUCAGCAGCUGGAAGAUGCACAGAGCAAGAGGAUCAUGAAAGAAGAAGUAGUGAAUGAUGUGCAGGACCGGUUGAAUGAUACUCUGAACAAACUCAGAGCUGAUAGGGAAAAGCAAAUUUAUCUCAUAGAAGAGCAGAACAAAGAUUUAAAUGCCAAGAGUACUGAUUUAAGGAAAAAAGUCUUCGAAUAUGAGACUGACAAAGUAGAAAGAGAGUGCGAGAGUGAAAGAAAGGAAGUAAAGCAGCUGGUAGAGUUGAAACACCCAGUUGAACUACGUCUGGACCAAGAAAUGAAAAGAAACCUCGAUCUGCAGAAAGACUGUAAGAGGUUGAAGAGGCUGCUGAGCAGAGCUACGAAGAAACUAAGGGUGUAUGAGGAGAGAGGGGGACUGUCCCAGCUUAAUUUGCAGGCAGAAAUGAAGAACAGGUAUUCUGAAAUGGUCAAUGAAGCUGACAGAUUAAGAACAAAGGUUGAUGAACUUUCCCAGCAGCUGGAGAUAAAGUCUAAAAAAGGCAUGCAGCUAGAAGCACAAAAUCAUGAUUUGCGAGAGGAGUUGUCCACCAUGCGUGGGAACCAUGAAGAACUGGAGAAGAGCAAAAGCCAGCUGAAAGAAGAGGUGGCUAAUCUCAAACACCAUAUGGAGACUAACAUGGUGGAUCGCAGCCAAAUAGAACAAUACAAAAGAGAGGUGGAAGAACGAGCUGCACAAGAAAUAAGACAAAAACUGCAAGAAGUCAACCUGAUUUUGCAGAUGCAGGCAGCCUCCCAGGACAGAUUAGAACAAAUCAGAGCCAGUCAUCACGCUUUGCUGACAAGCCAGCUAGAACAGAGAAUUGGAGACCUCGAACGUGAAUUAGACAGGAUAAAAAAUACCCAGCGAGACAGUACUUUUCAAAAAGAAUCCGCACAGGCAGAAGUGGAAAAGUACAAAGACCUGUAUCUGGAGGAAGUUAAAAAUGGAAGGUGCCUAGCAAAAAAACUGGAAAGAGCUAAUGAGAGACUAGCAGAAGCCAACGCUGAGCUCCUUCAGGAGUGCCAUAGAAGCAAACCUUUAAUUGCAAGCAGCGCUGUCAGUGGUCCAGUUCUGUAUUCAACUGAACUGGGACAUAUUAGCAACAAUCCGGCACUGAAUAGAAGUCUAAAUCUAGGAGGAAGCUUCCUAACCCCGACCGGGAAUACGUUACCAUCAAGAAACAGAGUUGAAGCCUAUGUGGCUAAGGUACGGCAGGAACUAGAUGAAAGAAUCGCUAAAGAACUUAAACAAGCCACUGCUGAACUUGAAGCUGGAUCUGCUGGAGCUUCUCCCGUGGUAUUUUCUGAUGGAUCUUCAAAAAGUAUCCACGUUGACCAGGAUCCCCUUUGCAGGGCAGUACAGGAGUACCGUGAUGUUUUAACCAAAAAUUACCUGAUUUGAACAAAAUGCUGGGAAAAAAGCUCCGGAAAGGAUUUUGUUUACGUAGUGCGUCUAUAGUUUCUCCUCCCACAGUUCAGAUGUGCAAAUGUGUUUAUUGCAGUCCGAAUGUGAAUUCUAUCAAAUGGAUGUCAAGCACAUUGCACUUGCCUGUUGGCUUAUUGAUGCAUAGGUGUUUUAUUUUGCACUCGCCAUAAGAAGCACACCUGUUUUUGUCGGACUAGCAGAAUGACUCACCUUGAUUCUUGAGCUUGACAGGAUUGUCAAAAUGUUUCUUAUCAACGUAGAAGCAUUAUUUUUUCUCCACUGAUGUUCUGUGUUUUAACAAAAGCAUUCCCUUUGUUCUGCUUAAUCCUUUCACCCUGUGUGUUUUUAAUGUUUCCAGUGUUACUUUAAUGCUUAGGACAUCAUUUGAUGUGAUUUGAGCCUGCUGCUUCAGUCCAGAUGCCGUGACUGCUUCUGCCGAUAAAGUGAAAUCUUUACCAGUGGUCAUGCUGGAGGACGGGGCACUUCACAUUGCUGUCACCUUAUGCGCCUUAGGUUUAACAUUACUGUGAGUGUGUAGCAGUGCCAAGAGAGUUACGUGGUGGGUUUGGUAUGUUUGUUUUGGAUCACAGGACCACGGAACGGGUGAGGUUGGAAGGGACCUCUGGAGGUCAUCCGUUCUAGCUCCCCUGCUCAGGGAAGGCCGCCCAGAGCUGGUUGCCCAGGACCAUGCUGGCUUUUGAGUAUCUCCCAGGAUGGAGCCUCCAUGGGCAGCCUGUGCCAGUGCCCAGUCACCCUGAUCGGAAAGAGGCAUUUCCUGACGUUCAGCCCCAACCCUCUGUGUUUCCGUUUGUGCCCGUGGCCCCUCACGGUAUUCAUCUUGGGGUUUGUGUUAAAGGCCGCUGCAGCUGUAGACAUUCCCAGUUACUACAUCAGCAGCUGCGCUGUACCUGAAACACUUCAUGUGCGGGAAAAAUGAAUGUUAAAAUACUAACUUCCAGUCUCCUCAGUACUUUCCAAACCUUGUAUGAUAGGGCAGCCAAUCUUUUUGUUGCUGCUAGCAGCUGAUGAUGUGGUGGCUGUAGCCCAGAUGGUAGCCAGUGUUCUGGGACAUUUGUGUCAAUAAAAGAAGCAGGUUUACUUAUUUCAGGGAGUUACCUGUUACUGAAGAUCUGCGUUGUCAUUUCCUGUCCACAGAAGUCAGUAGUGAUCAGAAGAUGAUAGAACAAAGUCCCAGUUCUGGGAAAGGAAGAAUGGUUGUUCCGAGAUCAAUUAAGACUGGAAAAAAUUGGGGGUUUUACCCACUAAUUCAAGGACUUGGGUUAACAGGCAGUGAGGAAAGCAAUGAAUGUUGCUGUGACGCUGUUCCUUUUUAUAUGAAUACAUAUUUGUGAAGUUAAUGCACUGUAUUUAAUUCAGAUAUUCUGUUUCAACUUGAAAUUUAAUAAACUUUGUCAUCUAGUAUA